AUUGGUCGUGCCGACGUGCUAUACAUGAAGCAGUACGCACAAACGUUUGAGUUGUACUUUCUCCACGCUGAGCAGGAGCUGUCUCGCAACCCCCUUGAGAUAGCUUAACAUUAAUCCGACUGAUGCAAUGCCGGAAAGAAAUUUCCACGGCCGAAGGAAACGGAAGAUGACCCAUGCACGCACCGACCUCGUCCGAUCAACCCAGAUUGCCAUUCCAAUUACCCUGUGCAUGCAGGCGUAUAUCAGUAACUGAACCUCCCAAAAUCAUAUCCCAUGCUGUCUUGAUUCUGGUGAGUAAAUGUCUUUCAGCUUCUUUUGCGAAGGUUCACGGCUUCGGCCUGUGGGUCUGUCUGUUCGAUUUCUUACCACUCUGCCCGGCUCAUCCGGAUGCUUCCUUUCGCAGGACCUCUUAAUUUCGAGAGGAGAUAUAACCCGGAUACUGGCUAAGCAUAUUUCAUUCCCAUUGGAAGUUGCUCAUCUACCCAGUGCUCCCAAUGACCCCAUCUCGUCGACACCCUUCUGAAUCUAGUCCCCUUCUCGGACGGUCAACAGAUUCACUUGGAUCGUACAGUUCUGUCGAUGAUGUGGACCCGACUCCAGUGACCCCUGUAACACCACUCAACAAGGUGUCACGAACCGAUCUCAUCUGGGUACUCGCGGGACUAUAUAGCGCAGUAUUCUUGGGGGCACUCGAUGGAACCAUCGUCGCCACGCUCCUCUCCCCGAUCGGGAGCUAUUUCAACGAAUCAAACCGUGCUUCGUACAUUGGCACUUCUUACCUUCUCUCGGUAUGUUGCUUUACGCCGCUAUACGGCCGUCUUUCCGAUAUCCUUGGCAGAAAAGGCGCCAUGUUAUUGGCGCUUUCGUUGUUUGGAUCGGGAACGUUACUUUGUGGAUUGGCACCCUCAAUGGAUGCUCUCAUUGCCGCGCGAGCAGUAGCUGGCAUGGGAGGUGGUGGCGUUAUGACAGUAUCCAGUAUUGCUGUAACGGAUCUCAUUCCUUUGCGGCAGAGAGGCCUCUAUCAGGGCAUGACGAACAUCUUGUUUGGCCUUGGCGCUGGUUUGGGCGGUCCCCUUGGCGGUUGGAUGAACGAUACCUGGGGCUGGAGAUCCGCGUUUCUUCUCCAGAUGCCCAUUCUGGUAUUCUCUUUCCUCCUUGUUAUCGCAAAAGUUUCCAUCAGGCUCCCAGAUGAAGUGCAGAAUCAGCCCAUCCGAAUAAAAUUACAGCGACUUGACUUCCUGGGCUCGAUCACGUUGGUCAGCACGGUCGGCUGUCUCCUUCUCGGUCUUAGUCUCAAGUCCACCGAGGAGCUUCCAUGGACUCACCCACUUGUAUGGGGUUUAUUAGUUGCGAGCAUUGUAUGGGCUGUCCUGUUCGUUCUUGUAGAGGCUCGUUGGGCACCAUUCCCUGUAAUGCCGAUUCGAUUGGUUACGCAACGGACUCCUCUUGCUGUCUCACUUUCUAACUUGUUUGGAAGCGCCGCCGCAUUUUCCAUGAUAUAUAAUGUCCCAUUAUACUUCUCAGCUGUUCGAUUGGACAAUUCUACUGACGCAGGGCUCCAUUUAUUACCCCAUUCGUUUGCGAUAUCAACAGGAAGCGUGUUUGCCGGCUGGAUCAUGCGGAAAACGGGCAAACUAUAUACCUUGACCCUUGUGUCCUCCGGAUUGACGGUUUUCGCCACCGUCAUGAUCGCUCUAUGGGACGAGAAUACCUCUGGAUUUCAUUUAUGGUUUGACAUCUUCCCUCAGGGCUUAGGCAUGGCGAGUGUCAUUACUACAACUUUAAUUGCUAUGAUAGCCAAUGUUGUUAAGGAAGACUUUGCUGUAGCCACAGGGAUCACAUAUCUUUUCAGGACGACCGGGCAAGUUCUUGGUGUCAGUCUGAGCGGUGCACUAUUGCAAGCCAUACUUACAUCCAAGCUAAAAGAACGCAUUCAUGGCCCGGACGCGGAAUCUAUCAUCGAGAGUAUACGACAUUCCACAAGCAUUAUACCCGAGCUUAGCGAAGCCCAUCGCAGGGCAGCUGUGACUUCUUAUUCCGAUGCUUUACGCGUCGUUUUCAUCUGUCAAGCAGCUCUUAACAUCAUUUGCUUCAUUUGUUGUUUGCCGAUACAAGAAAACGUACUACCUGGGACUCACGAGGAACAGGAGGAACAGUACAGAAAACGACAGAACUCGAUCCGCCAGCCUAAUCUGGACGAUCGAGAAGCAUCCUGACUACAAUGUAUCAUUAGCACCAAUAAUCCCACUAGUUGUAGUGUAUCUAACCAUAGUGAAGUGACAGGGACCUCGUGUGUCAUAAUAACACGAACCGUCAAAUGUAUAAGCUUUCAUCAAUAAUAGUCAUGCAACUGAACC